AUGGGGCAGGAAUUCAAUCAGCAGUACUCUCCCAGCAGCUCAUAUCCACCUGCUCGGCCUAUGUAUCCUCCCUACGCUUCUGAGACUGAAAGGAGUUAUGGACAAGGUAGAGGGACGCAGCAGUCGGCUGGUGGUCAAGAUCCCUUUGGACACAACCGGUACGGGGGGCCCAGCCAGCCACCUGGCUAUCCUUCACGUACUGGCUAUUCUGCUCCACCUAUGGGACCACCAGCACAGCAACCCACAGGGUAUCCACCACAGCAAGACUAUUACCGUCAAGAUCCGGUAUAUUCUGGUCAACAAGCAGCUACUGCAACUGGCCCAGGUGGUCAGAUGUAUCCUGGAAGCCCUCAUAGUAAAUCAAUGCCACCUCCAGCUCCACAGACCCCUAGAAGGCAUCCAGAUUUUGCAAAAGACCCACAGCAGUCUCCCUAUCCACCAUAUAGUCAACAAAGGCCUUCUAUAUACGGCUGGAGUAGUGGUAACACUCAGUAUCGGGCACAGUACCCUCCACAAGGACCUGUUCCACAAGGGCCUCCACAGUGGAACCAAAAUGCUCAACGAGCUGGUGGUCCUGAGCCUGGUCAGCCAGCUAACAGCCAGUGGGACCAGCACCGCUACCAAGCUAGUGGACAGUCACCGUAUCAGCCUCCACAACAGCAGCAGUGGGUUCCAAGUAUGCAGACUCCUGGUAUUAAUCAAAACUCACUCCUAAGGCCACCGAUGGUUAGCCCACGUGCUCCAUUCCGACCGGAAGGAAAGCCCUAUUCGAUGCAGCAACUACCGGGUUCAAAGGCGCAGCCACCUGGGAUGAAUAAUGCGCAGGUCUACCAACAACAGAGUGCCCCAAAGCGAGAGAUCGUUUUCCCUCCAGAAAGUGUGGAAGCAAUAUUGCCUGUUUUGUAUAAACGCAAGCGAAUGACACGAGGGGAUGUAGCACCUGUAGAAGCAUGGAGGCUUAUGAUGAGUCUGCGCUCUGGCCUACUGGCAGAGAGUGCUUGGGCUCUGGAUAUUCUCAACAUCCUUUUGUUUGAUGAUAGCACAGUUGCAUAUUUUGGACUAGCCCACAUGCCAGGACUACUUGAUGUGCUGUUGGAGCAUUUCAGACGCAGUUUAGCUGACAUGUUUGACUCGCCUCUUCCAGAUUCUGUGAAGAAGUGGUUCCAGGCACCAAAGGUGGAAACACCGGAAGUGGACCUAGGGCAAGUUAGAGUGCCAGUUGAUCCUGCAGAUCACAUCACAUUAAUGAAAUCGACACCAAAUUAUACUCUUGUGACUAGAAACGGUGAGGUAGUUCGAAUUGUGAACAGAGAUAAUGAGAUUUUUGUUGUGGAUAAUCGGAAGAGCUGGGACAUUGAAGGUGACUUGGCAGAAAACUAUGACGUGGUUCAAGACCCGUGGCAGUUGACCUCUUCAGACAUCAGUUCGACGAAGUACAUUGUGUCAUGUUUCCAAGGAGAGUUCGGUAAUGUUCCAUUUGCGAGACUGCUCGAUGACAGUAAAACUGUAGGUGCCGAAGAGGAAGAAGAUUGUCGGACAAAAGUAAGUGAAGAAGAAUCGUAUCCCAUUGAAAACUUGAGUGUAACUCCUCCCAUAGUGCUAAAAGUGGAAUGUAGUGAUGACAACGGUGUUAUUGAUAGUUCGAGCAGUGCAUCUAAUGUGAUACUUAAUGAGGAACAUUUGAUUAAAGACAGCUCCUUCGUUGAUGUGCAGGAUAGUGAUGAAGUGAAACGGACUAAAACUAUUUUGAGUGAUGUGUUUUCGCGGAUAAAAACGGAAAAUACGGAAGAAAAUUCAUUGCUGCCUGAACACUGUGUAGACCCCUUAGAGCCUCCUAAAGAAACUGUAGAAGUGAAAAAGGAAGCAAACUGUGUCGAAAGUGAGAGCAGUAGUAAUUAUGAAAGGGAGUUGCCGCAUUCUCCAAAUGUACCAAAGGAUAUUGAAACAAAGAGUGAUAAUGCUGUAUCAGAAACUAGUGACACAAAUAAUUUUAGCAGCAGUAACAUAAAAACAGAACAUACAAACAAUGACAAUAGUUCUAAUAGCAAUGAGAAAAUGGAAACAGAAAUGGAACAAGAUGUGUUCCUCGAAGGUUCUGAACAUGAAGGAAAAGACAUAAACAUGGAAGAUGACUAUGGUGACGAAGCUGAAGAAAAGUCAAAAGUAACAGAUGUGAGACCAGAGAUAAAGGGAGAAAACAGGGGCGGCAUACAAAUAAGGGAUCCUGCGGGAACGUUGAAAAGAAGACGUAUGUCAGAUUAUGAAGACGAAUGUUACGCGAGAGAUGAAGCGAGCCUUUACCUUGUUACUGAUACACAGGAUGCAAAGGCAAGGCGUUGUGUUUGUCUUUCAACUAUUUUGAGGAAUCUGACAUUUGUCCCGGGCAAUGAAGCAGAGUUUGCCAAAAAUGUUACAUUCCUUGAUUUGUUGGGGAAGCUUUUACUCUUACACCACGAACAUCCUCCUCGUGCACAGAAACAGCGCAAUUAUGACCGUGAAGAAGAUGCUGACUUUGCAGAUUCUUGUAGCAGUUUACAAGGUGAGGCGGAAUGGUGGUGGGACUUCUUGCACCAUGUGCGCGAAAAUGUGUUGGUGACAGCGGCUAAUAUUGCCGGUCAUAUGGACCUCGGUCAACAUCCUGAGGAAGUGUCGCGGCCCGUAAUUGAUGGACUUCUUCACUGGGCAGUUUGUCCAGCUGCUCAUGGUCAGGACCCAUUUCCCGGAUCUUCAGGCUCGUUGUCACCCCAGCGCCUCGCACUGGAAGCUCUGUGCAAAUUGUGCGUAACGGACUCUAAUGUAGAUCUGGUUGUAGCUACGCCACCCUACUCCCGUUUGGAACGUCUGUGUGCUGUGCUGACACGACUUCUGUGCUGGUCAAAAGAGCAAGUGCUACGAGAGUUUGCAGUGAAUAUGCUGCACUACCUGGCCGCUGCGGACAGUGGUGUGGCACGUACUGUUGCACUGCAGAGCCCGUGUGUGUCCUUGCUAGUAGCAUUCAUCGAGCAGGCGGAAGCUACUGCAUUAGGGGUAGCCUAUCAGCACGGUAUCGGUGCACUUAUAGACAAUCCAGAUGCUAUGGGAACCAGUCUGGAUAUGCUGAGGCGUGCGGCUGGUACAUUACUUCAUCUGGCACGACAUCCUGAAAACCGGCCACUCUUCCUGCAGCAAGAACAACGUCUGUUAUCCCUCGUCAUGAGCCAGAUCCUCGAUCAGCAAGUGGCAGCUGUAAUCUCCAGUGUUCUUUUCCAGUGCUCAUGGCCCUCUUCGUAGCAUGCACAGCAGUUGUAGACAACUAAGUGGUGAAACUGGCACGGAUGUUUCCUUCUCUUGUGAUUUUUGCUGGAACAUAUUGUGAGAGAUGACUUUUAAGUCUGAAUGUAAUGAGGACUGAGUUUCCGGUUCGUCAGUCCUUUAUUCCUUUCUUUUA